CGGAAAGGAACCAAAUAUAGAAACCGAGUGAAAAAAGGGGGGGAAGGCGGAGAAAAGGCGAGCGACUUUUCCGGCGACGGCGACGGCGAGGUAGGGUUCGACGCGGGCGGCGGCGAUCGAUGGCUCUCGCUCCGGGGGACGGAGGUGGAGGAGGAGGAGGAGGAGGCGGCGACGACUGGUUCCUCGACUGCGGCAUCCUCGAGGACCUCCCGGCCUCCGCGUGCGGCGCCUUCCCGUGGGACGCCUCCGCCUCGUCGUCCAACCCAAGUGUGGAAGUAGGCAGCUACGUGAACACUUCUGAUGUCUCCAAGGUUCCAGGCAGCAAUAAACGGUCAAGGUCAGAGUCGUGCGGUCGGCCGACAUCCAAAGCUUGCAGGGAAAAAGUGAGAAGGGACAAGCUGAAUGACAGGUUUCUUGAAUUGGGUACUACUUUGGAUCCUGGUAAGCCAGUAAAAUCUGACAAAGCUGCUAUCCUAAGUGACGCUACUCGCAUGGUUACUCAGCUUCGUGCUGAAGCACAGCAGCUAAAGGAUACUAAUGAGAGCCUUGAAGAUAAGAUUAAAGAACUGAAGACAGAGAAGGAUGAACUUCGUGACGAGAAGCAGAAGCUGAAAGUAGAAAAGGAAACAUUAGAACACCAGAUGAAGCUCCUGACUGCAACUCCAGCCUACAUGCCUCAUCCGGCUAUGAUGCCCUCCCCGUUUGCGCAGGCGCCGAUGGCUCCCUUCCAUGCCCACGGGCAAGGGCAGAAAAUGAUGAUGCCCUUUGUCGGUUACCCAGGAUACCCGAUGUGGCAGUUCAUGCCGCCUUCUGAAGUCGACACAUCGAAGGACAGCGAAGCAUGCCCGCCUGUUGCUUAAUGCUUGGAUCGUUUAAAUCUCGUCAAGUACUCAUGGUAACCUAAAACAGCAUAGUUGUUCGAUCCAUUAAUUGGUCAUGUAGUCUCUCUGAUUCAUACUACCGGACUAUUGUCCGCAUGUGGUGGUGGUAGUCUUUUGUUGAUGAGGAGAAUGCUUACAACUGUGCGUCUAUAGAGUUAUUAUACUACCUGUUGCUUACAACUUGUACAAUACAGUUUUUUCUGGAGAACGAAGAAAUGCUCAUUCUUGAUUCUCCAAUCCCUAUAUAGUACUGUAGUAGCAAAUUCAGUAC